AUGUCGAACCCAUCCAAACCCGACGCAGAGGCUGCAUUAAAGUUUAAGGACGAAGGUAAUGUUUAUAUCAAAAGUCAGGACUACCAGAAAGCUAUUGAAUUGUACACAAAGGCCAUUGAGCUAGACUCCACGUCAUCGAUUUUUUAUUCAAAUAGAGCUUUGGCGCACUUGAAGUUGGAUAACUUUCAAAGUGCUCUCCAUGACUGUAACGAUGCUAUUAAGCUGGAUAACAACAACAUAAAGGCCUAUCAUAGAAGAGGUCUAGCGUACGUUGGUUUACUGGAAUUCAGAAAGGCCAAGAAUGAUCUGACGAUUCUGUUGAAAUACAAACCAAAUGAUGCCACCGCUAAAAGAGGCCUUGAAAUGUGCGAGAGUUUCAUUAGAGAGGAACGGUUCAAAAAAGCCAUUGGUGGUGAUGACCAUGGGAAAGUAAAACUGUGUCAAACCGUCAGCUUGAGCUCUUUUAACGCUAACACUGACUUGGUGAAAUACGAAGGAUUAAAACUGGAUUUCGAGGAGCUCACGGACGAAAAGGGCCAGCCAGACGGUGUCGUCAUCAAAAACAUGUCUCAAGAGUUUAUCUCAAUGAUGGUGAACGACUAUUUCUUGAAAGGAAAGAACAUUCCUAAACAAUACGCUGCGGCUAUUAUUUCUCACGCCGAGAGACUUUUCCGUACCGAGCAAACUCUGGUGAAACUUGACAACACGAGGAACCCCGACGCGAAAAUAUCUGUAUGUGGUGAUACCCAUGGGCAGUUUUAUGAUGUCUUGAACAUUUUCCGUAAAUUUGGCAAAGUUUCGCCGACACAUACGUACCUGUUCAAUGGGGAUUUUGUUGAUAGGGGGUCUUGGUCCUGUGAAGUUGCGCUGCUGUACUAUGCCUUAAAGGUGCUUUUCCCCAAUAAUUUCUACUUGAACAGAGGUAACCACGAAACUGACAACAUGAACAAGAUGUACGGGUUCGAAGAUGAGUGUAAGUACAAGUACUCUCAACGGAUUUUCAGCUUGUUCUCUCAAAGUUUUGAAAGUUUGCCAUUGGCAACACUGAUCAACAAUGAUUACUUGGUCAUGCACGGUGGGUUGCCAAGUGAUGCCAAUUCUACUCUUGAAGAUAUAGAGAAAAUUGACAGGUUUGCCCAACCACCAAGAGAAGGUGCCUUUAUGGAAUUGCUGUGGUGUGAUCCACAGGAAGCCAAUGGUUUUGGUCCAUCGCAGCGUGGCCUUGGGGUUUCCUUUGGUACAGACAUCACCGAGAAAUACGUCCAAAAUAACAAGCUAAGAAAGAUUUUCAGGUCCCACGAAGUGAGGAUGCCAGGUAUCCAAUUUGAACAAAACAAAAAAUUGGUCACCGUUUUCAGCGCACCAAACUAUUGUGAUUCUCAAGCAAACAAAGGUGGUAUUAUUCAUGUUACGCCUGGGAAAGGCCAUGUUGGCGAGCAUGGGAAUGACGACGAGAACCUGAUCAUUGAAACUUUUGAAGCAGUAGAACAUCCUGACAUCAAACCAAUGGCGUACUCUAAUGGUGGCCUGGGUUUUUAA